CAGGGGGCGGGGCUGGGAUCUCCAAGGAGGUGCGUGCGGCCCGCCCAGAAGCUAUUCCUCUAGCCAAUGACAGUCCGGGGGCGGGGUAUUCCCCGCCUCUUAAAAUAAGAAGACGCACAUCCUGGGACCUGGCCCGGGCAGGUGUUCAGUUCUCUUGCCUCCUUGAGCUGUGUCCACCGGGUGCGCAGGAAAGCAGAGCUCCGUACUUCCCGGGAGUGGCCGGGGAACCGGUCCAGUUCAGUCUUCUUUGCCUGGCUGAGUUGCCGGGACGGAUCGGUGCCCGGGUCUUCCGCCUCCGAGGAGCCGCUGGCCGGGACCCGGGGGACGACCGCGCUGACCCUCCGCCCGCUGCCAUGGGCGACCACCUGAUGCUCGCCGAGGGCUACCGCCUGGUGCAGAGGCCACCGCCCACCGCCCCCGCCCACGGCCCGCACGCAUUCCGGACUCUUCAGUCUUACUCGGGCCAGGGUCUGGACCACGGGCUGCGGCCCCGGGGGGCUCCGCUAGGACCGCCGCAGUCACCCGGGACCCUGGCCUACAGCUCCUUCGGGCCGCCCGGCUCCUUCCAGCCCUUCCCGGCAGCGCAGCCUCAGUCCGCCGGCAGCGCGCAUCUGCAUCCCGGGGCGCCGCUGUACCCGGGCGGCGUCUCCGUACCGCCGGGCUCCGCCGGAGGUGCCCCGGGUCUGCAGCCCGCGCCCGGUGCUGCGACCCCAUCAUCGCCACCGCCCGCUCUGGGCUGCAUGGACGCCGAACUCAUCGACGAGGAGGCGCUGACGUCGCUGGAGCUGGAGCUCGGGCUGCACCGAGUGCGCGAGCUGCCGGAGCUCUUCCUGGGCCAGAGCGAGUUCGACUGCUUCUCGGACUUGGGCUUGGCGCCGCCCGCCGGCUCGGUGAGCUGCUGAACCCCGCUGUCCGAGGGACGCUGAGGCCCGCGGCCGGGCCCCCACUCACCCUCCGUGAGGGUGGAGGCGGCGGGUUUGCGCGCGAACCCGGCUCGGGGUGGGGACGCCUGGCGGACCUCCAGGCCCUGCCUCCCGCCGGGUGACAGCUUGGCCUUGCUUCUCAUCCCCCCGCCCCCCAAAGCUUCAGCGGUCAAGUAGAGGGGACUCAACCAACCUCUGGACUCCACGUUCUUGAAUUGCGUGCCCUGUCUCUUUCCUCACCCUUCCCCACGCCCCAAUCUGAGCCAUUGCAGGCCUGUUCCUGACCUCCGUGCCGCCCACUACCGGGAUCAGGUCCCGGAGCCACUUUCCUGAACCCCCACCCUUGUGGGCCGGAGGGGCGCGGGGAGAUUUUACAGCUAAUGCCUGUGGAGUGGAACAAUACACCAGCUGGCCUCCAAAAUCAAAAUAAAACUGGGUCGCUUUA